AUGGCCAAGAACUUCAGCGAAAACUGCCCCAAGGAUGUGCGUGAAGUGAAGAUCGAACCGCACCACAAACUGAUCCUGACCCUCUUCAACGAACUCCGCAACAACGUGGCUGGAGGAAGAGUGGAAGGCCUGCCCAAGGCUGUUCGCAUGGCCAAGAUGUCCUGGUGCAAGGAGCUUUCCCACCUGGCCCUGCUCAACGUGCACACCUGUGAGUCCCUGCCGGACAAGUGCCGAAGCACGGAGAGAUUCGCUUACGCCGGACAGAACAACGCCAUGUUUAGCUACAGUGGGGCCGAGUCGGAGUACACCGAUGCAGAGAUUGUGAAGGAGCAGAUCGAGAACUGGUUCGCCGAGCGCCUGAAUGCCUCUCCCGAGAUCCUGGCCAGCUUCCCGGAGGAGCUGCCCAACAGGGCUGUGGCCAAGUUCACCGUUGCCGUUGCGGAGAAGAACACCCACGUGGGAUGUGCCGCCGUGCGCUUCUCUCGGGACUUUUACAACCACUUCGUGCUGACCUGCAACUUCGCCACCUCGAACAUCGUGGGUCAGCCCGUCUAUACUCCGGGAGAGAAGGCCGCCACUGGAUGCAGGAACCGUUAUGGUGCCGCCUACGACUACCCCAGUUUGUGCUACGCCAAGGAGAUCUACGACAACGAGAAGAUCAUUGAAAACGCCAGGACGUUCUGAAUCCGCUUUUUGCAUUCGUAAGAUCACCUUCGAAGGCGUAUUUUAUCACUAUCAUUAAAUGAGCAUGCAAAUAAAUAGCUAAAAGAGCUAAACAUUUCA